AGAACUGAGAUCUCUACACUCUCUCUCCCAAGUACGAGCUGCACCUCUUUCUUGGAACUAAAGCGAUGCUCCCAUUCCUUCAGACAUACAAGGGCUUACUCCUCCAAACCUCUCUCUCCCUCGCCCUCACUCUACUCCUCACAUUCCUCAAAAUCCCCAUCUUCUUCCUCCGCGGCCUCCACACCUACAUCCACCCAGACAAUGUCGCUCCCAACACCGCCUCCCGCCAAGGUAUCCGAGCCGCCAUCCGCCGCCCCUCAGAUUCAGGUCCCGCCCUUGAUGGUUAUCAGACUUUAUCAUCCAGAACCAAUGCCGAGCUCAAGAGGAGAAACAAAUCCAAGGAGAAGUUCGAGUUCGAUGAGAACAAUGCCCAGAUCUUCAGGUUGAGGCUCGACGAGGGUCAUCUUCAAACCCGGCUCUAUUUCAAUGAGUAUCACAAUUCCUUUGUUCUAUCUUUCGUGGGUAUUUCGUGUUUCUUACUUUAUAAGUACUAUUUGGGAGAGUCUGUGGAGGAUUCUGGGGUUUUGGUAAAUGGGAAUUUGAUUCCGGUUGUUUUCGGAAUCAUUGCUCUGUGCAAAGUGUUUGUGUCGCUUGCAAGGGUUUCGUUUGAGAAAUCGGCGUCUAAGAGGUCGGAGAAGCAAUUGAGUGCAAUUAUUGGGGUUUCGUGGUUUUUCUUUGGGAUUAUGAUUUGUUUUGGAGUGAUUCCUUCUGUUUUCGAUUUCGAUUUCAGCUCAAUUGAUGUGUCCUGGAGGGUUUUUAUUGCUGCUUUCUUGGGACUGUCUGCGGGUUUUUUGUAUAUGCCUGCAGGGAAGAAUGCACGGUCCUUUUGGCUUGGAACAGAUCAACUUAGAUGCAAUUUAUCCAUUGUUUCUUGUGGAUGGUUUGAAAGAGGAAUUUUGUAUACAAAUUAUUUGUUAACUGUAUUCACGGCUUUGCUUUGGACCAAUCCAUUUGCUCACAUUCUUGUUAACAAGAACAUUGAUGAUGGUAAAGGAGCAUCCACAUUUAUUAGCGUUGGAGAUGCUGAGAAGUUAGUUGGAAACAUGGGGUUUUCCCAGUUGAGUUUUACUAGGUUUAGGCUGUUGUGCCUUCUGCUUUCUGCCUUCCUCCAAAUUGUGGCAUUGCGACCAAACUUGCAAAUGUUUUUGAAUGAAGCAGUUUUAUGUUGGUAUCAAAGACUGCAUGCCAGCAAGGUUCCAGAAUUGGAUUUUAGUCGCGCAAAGGUUUUUCUGCACAACCACUACUUAUGCCUUGCGCUUCUGCAGUUCUUUGCACCACCAGUCUUGGUACUUCUCUUUUUUGGCUUAUCUCAGAUUGAUGGUAACUUCUUUGACAAAUACCUGGUAUGUGGUUUAGUCCCUUGUUCUGCUUUUGUGAAAGAGACAGCUUUAUUUAUGGCUUGGUCGAUUGUGUUUAUUUGGGCAAUUCUAACUACAGCUAGCCUGAUUUUUUAUCGUCGUGGCACUUUGUAUGUUUCUUGAUUAUUGAUAGUUUUGUAACAACCUUCAAUGUUUGGCCUUUCUGUUUGGACCUUUGUCUAAUUUUGAGUGGAGGGUGUUGUGCUUGUAACUGAUUAUUACAGUUGGUGAUACGUUGCCCUGCAAUGCAUUGAGCAAAGAAAAGUUACACUUAGACAUUCUUGACCUUCUAGUUUUGGUUUGUUGCACUAAUGAAUUCUGUAGCAUAUA